AUGCUUGUGCUUCGACCUUCUACUUGUAGUUACGGCUUCAAUCUCAACAUCCGCUCUCAAGUACGUUCGACAGAGGUUCUAGACCCUUCCACCAUUCCUGGCGCAAUGGCGGACAACGAGGGCUCAUGGAACAACCAAUGGCACCUGCUGCAGCACAGCCAGCAGCAGGCGGAGGAGCAGCAAUGGAAGGGAACGGAGGAGCAGCAGUGGCGGGGAGCGGAGGAGCAGCAAUGGCGGCAAGAGGUGCAGCCGCAGUUGUUUGGUCACCUGCUGGGUCACCAGCAGUUAGAGGGGGACGCUGGGCUGAGAGGAGGUGCAGACCUGGUCGAGCAGACGCAGCUGCAGCAGCAACAGCAGCAGCAGCAGCAGCAGCAUCAGCAACAGCAGCAGCAUCAGCAACAGCAGCAGCAUCAGCAACAGCAGCAGCAUCAGCAACAGCAGCAGCAGCCGUGGUUUUCACGAAACCCAAGCAUGGAGGAGCAAGCAGGAAUCGCUGCUGCAGGCCUGCUAGCACCCGCACCCAUUCUCGACCACUCACUUGACCAAUCCCCUUCCAAAGCCCUCAACUUCCUCUCUCAGAAUCACAACCACAUGGCUGCAGGCGCUGCUGGCGCUGCUGGGUGGAGCUCUUCCCAUGCAGGAGGGACAGAAAGAGGCUCGGGAACGGCCCAACCUGCCGAGCCUGACUCGGGGAACGCGGCCACCAGCGCCAAGCCUGCGUCCAGCUGCGGCGGCGGCGACCCGAAGCUGUUCCGGGGGGUGCGGCAGCGGCACGAGGGCCGGUGGGUGGCGGAAAUCCGAUACCCCAAGAAGCGUUCCCGCGUGUGGCUCGGCACGUUCAACACCCCGGAGGAAGCAGCAAGAGCGUAUGACCGAGCUGCUGUGAAGCUACGAGGGCCCAAGGCUCGGACUAACUUUCCCCACCCGGCCCUGGCGGAAUGGCAGCCUCUGCCUGGGUAUGUUGGGGUGGAGAAGGCGAUUAGUGAGGCGAGGGAGAGGGGUGGCGGGGAUUUGGGUGCGGCAGGGGUGGCUGGGCGGGUUCAGGGUUCAGGGUUCAAUGCUUCUAAUGCUGCUGGGAGCUCUUUAGGCGGCCAAGGGUUGGGGAGGCAGGUGCAGGUGGUGGUUUCUGGUGGGGUUGGGGGAGGAGGAGGCUUGGUGGGUGGUGGAGUGGCAGGGGGAAUUGUGGGGGGACAGUCAGGGGUAGGAGGUGGGGUUGGGGGUGUGGGGGGUGGGGUUGGUGGGUCGUUCAGUGGGCUGCUGGAAGGGCAGGGAGGAGUGGGUAGUGGUGAUGGUGGCAUUGUUGGUGGUGGUGUUGGUGGUGGUAUUGUUGGGUUGAGAGGGGCUGUGAGUGGUGGCUUGGACGACAGCACCCUGCAACAGCUGCAAUCGCUGGGGAUUCCUCCUGCUGCUAAGGGCGCUGCUGCUGCUGCCGGUACCGGUAGUGUUGGCGGCGGUGGUUCUGGCGGUGCUGCUGGUGGUGGUGGUGGUGGUGGUGGUGGUGCGGCUAGUGUGGGGAAUGUAGCAGCUGCAGCAGCAGGGCUAUCCACUGGAGGGUGGGCUGGUGGAGGGCUAGCUGGGGGAGGUGGCAACUGGCAAGGUGGGGGUGGGAACCCGGGUGCGCUGCAGCAGCAGCUGUCCAGCCAGGCGCAGCUCACACCAGGCUUACUCUCGCUGCACUGUGUUCAGCCGGCAAUUCUCUCGCUCACACCCAAAUCUCAAUGCUGUGGAGUCCACCGCUCAGACCUUAAAGCCCUCCCAGCUGGACCUAUCACGGCCCCCUCUCUCUGCCACGUUGGCAAAGUGCCCUCCGGCUGGAUACAUCACAGCUUCGUCUCACGUAAGCAUGCUUACCAGAACGCUGUUAAGCCUGCUCUAGAGCAUGGCACGGCCCUGGCGAAACAGGUGUGA